AUUGAUCAAAGCGGCAACGUCGAUCGAAUACACGCAUUUCACAUGGACCAUGGAACUGUAUAAUGUUUAUUGUUUGGUCAGUUGUUUUUACACCGAGGCAGAAGUGCAGUCGGUGAAAUUUCAAAAAACGCGAUUCAUGACGCCCCGUUUGAUAGUUUAGAUUGUUUUUUGUGCAAUUUACAAAGACAUUGAAAAUAUUUAGACGGAUAAAGGCACUAUUCUACAAUAGAUUGGAAUUAUUGACCACGUCAGAAUUUUUAGUGGAAAAGUUCAACUACCUACAAUAUUUCAAUAUCAGGCAGUUCGUAAUUUUCGAGGCACAAUCGAUAAAUGACAAAGUAGUUUGAACGUUAUAAUGGCUGCUCUUCAACAUGCAAAUUUAUGGCAAGAUGGAUGUGGGCAUCGAAUCCCGAGACCGCCGAAAAUUGGAGAUAUUCCCAGACAUACUGCGGUAGAUGUCGACCUGAAAAGCAAGCAAGUAGAUCAAAGUAGCCAAUUAUCGGGAAAUUUGAAGAAAAUAUACCCACCAAAAGAUGUACUUCGAGCUCAAGACAACUAUACACAAUCUCUGAAUAAUGAUGAUAAUAAGCUAAUGAUAUCGGAAAUUACUAAAAUCACAAAAGAUGCUGAACAAAUGCGCACAGAAGAAAAAAUUUCAAAAACUCCUAGGAAAGUCGAAGUUGCCCGAACAACCGACGUUAGCCGAACUACCAUCGAAGUUGUCAAAAAACAAGUCCAAGGUGAAGUUGUUUUAGAACAAGUCGAUAGUUGUCAAACGGAUGACAAAGUUGAAAGACAAGUCGAUAUCCAAUCAAGUGGAGAAAACCCACACUCAGAACUGAACGCACAUAUUUCCGACGGCAGUAGUAGUUGUCGAUCCGAGCCGAGCAUACCUGUGAUAAUUAAUAACUCAGUGCCUUCCCUUAAUUUGUCUGAGCAUGCCUCUGCAAAGCACGUUCCAGUGCACGAUCCAAAUAUAUUGGUCCAAUCUAAACCUGUUGUAGCAGAAAGUAAGCAUUUGUUUUCAAAUUGCCAAUUGUCUCCACACUGCAGUCCUACGAAUAGCCCUAGAAGCAAUAGAAAAAGGCAACCGUUAAGAGAAUCUAGAAGAGUUAGCAUUGAGAAAUCGGGCAUGUACUUACAGCUGAAUCAAUACAAGCUCUUGGAUAGUAUUGGUCAGGGAUCUUAUGGAAUAGUUAAGUUGGCGUAUAAUGAAGAAGAUGAUACGCAUUAUGCCAUGAAGAUUCUUUCAAAGAAGAAACUUCUGAAAAAACAUGGCAUGUUUGGUCGUCUUCCACCACCACGUAGAGAUGGUCGAUCCAAUUCCUCGCCAAUCAAUCAUCCUUUCCAGAAAGUAUAUCGAGAGAUAGCCAUUUUGAAGAAACUUGACCAUCCCAACGUAGUCAAAUUAGUAGAAGUACUAGACGAUCCAGAUGAAGAUCAUUUGUAUUUAGUAUUUGAACUUCUUGAAGGUGGUCAGGUAUUGGAAAUACCGACUGAUACUCCGUUGGAUGAAGAUAAAGCGUGGACCUACUUCAGAGACGUUGUAUUGGGAAUUGAAUAUCUUCACUACCAAAGAAUCAUCCACAGAGACAUAAAACCGGCAAAUUUACUUUUAAGCGAUACGGGUAGAGUUCAGAUAGCCGACCUGGGGGUAUGCAACGAGUUUCACGGAAGCGAUGCUUUUCUCUCGAAUACUGCAGGCACUCCAGCUUUCUCGCCACCAGAAGCCAUUAGCGAUCAGAAACAAGCAGGAUUCAGUGGAAAGGGUACCGACAUUUGGUCAAUGGGAGUCACACUCUACGCUUUUGUCUUUGGGCAAGUACCAUUCUAUGACGAUCAUAUCGUGAGACUUUACUCAAAAAUUAAAAGUCAACCAGUCAACUUUCCAGAGCAGCCGUACAUCAGUGAUGAGUUGAAGGAUCUCAUAAAGAAAAUGCUUGUUAAGGAUCCUACCCAAAGAAUAACGCUACCCGAAAUAAAGGUUCAUCCAUGGGUAACUCGUAGUGGACAAUUUCCACUUCCAUCGGAAGAGGAAAAUUGCCAGUUGGUUGAAGUUACUGAAGAAGAAGUGGCUAAAGUUAUAACUUCAAUACCGAAGCUAGACACUUUAAUUUUAAUCAAGCACAUGCUCAAGAAACACUCCUUUCAGAAUCCAUUUCUUCAUCGUCGAGAUACAACUGUAGUUCCAUCUGUUUCACAUUCCAGCACGGUAUCUACCCCUCGUCAAUAUAUCGGGCAAUCGGGUCGUUCUAAUUCCGCACCUGGUAGCUAUGAUUGGCAUCACGAGAAACAGCUCAGUAUCGACUUGGGUCUAGAAUCUGUUGAAGAGGUCGCUACAGAUCAAACUUUAGAAGAAACUACAAAUAAUGGGAGGAAAAAAGAAGAAAAGCGGUGAUAUCACUUGUUGAAUAAAAUAGAAAAAUUUUGGAGAAUGCUUUGGUAAAUGUUGAUGAUGAGUUUGAGCUUGAUCUGUGAUUAAAUGAAAAAUUCACUGCAUUGUGAAUCUCAUUUUUUUAACACAUAUGAAGAUGUAUCUAAAUAUUUAGAUUUAUUUCAAUCAUAGUUGGAAUAGAACUCAAAAAUAAAUAGUUUGAUAUUUUCAUAUGUGUUGAAGUACUUAUAUUUUAAAAUCAUAAUUAUAUUAUUUUUAUAAAUCAUGAAUUUAAAGCAAAUUAAAACUGGGAUAUGUGUGAUUUUUGGUUCCAAAAUUUAUGACUUUGUUUAAUUUCCUUUAAUAUUUUUUUUCUUAUUUACACCUUAUAUGUUACAUAAAUUAAUAUUUUUAUUAAAUUGUGAAUGCAAAAAUGUAUAAGUGAAAUUAUUCAAAAUAAUUAUAACAUACAUAUAAAUUGCCUUUUCCUCAAAAUUGAGUUUCAUCCAAUGAGUCACAACAACUCGAUCAUCGUUAGAAAUGCAUGUUUAUGCUAUGUUUAUGACGAAAUUGCGUGUCUUGAUAGCUUUAUUUUCAUUUUAGAUUCAAAAAUAUGAGAAAAAAUAUGCUUUUAUAAGUUUUUCAUUUGUAAUUAUUUAUAGGGAGCUUUUAUAUUCAAGCGAAAAAAAUCAGGAGGUAAUUGCUCGUAUGGCAUUAAGAUGGGUUUUUCCUAUAACAAAAUUUCCACAGCCCACUCCUUUCCGAGAUAUCACCUUUAAAAAGUGGGACAGAAAUUAAAUUUUUAUAAUUUUUUUCAAAAAAAGUUUUAUUGCGUUUCUAUACACCAGUUUUCAGGUCAUAUAAUAUAACAUCUGUAGUUUGCAGGCUUUGCUUCCAUCAAAUUCUCAAAACAAAAACAUGGAAAAAAUAUGGUCUUGAUAUUAGAUUCAGUUUUUUAGUUUCCAAGAAAGAUUUACGAUAAAAUAAUUGAGAAUCAACUAUCAAGGAGUGUUCAAUACAUAAGAAGUUUCGAAUUACAGGGGUAAAAUAGAAAGAAAUUUUGAUUGCGUUUAUUAAAUGGAAUUUUAAAUUUUAUAUUCUUGUAUUCUAAAUUAAAGAUCGUUAAAAUCAUUUUGGCUCGGCACCUAUGAUUCUGCAUCUUUUUGUUCCGUUUUCAAAAUACGUAGACUUCUUCUUAAAGAGGCUAUUUUUGCAGUGUUUCUGUCCCACUUCCUAUGGCAUUAGCACUACUACUUUAAGGUACCUAUACUUUUUGCUGAAUUGAGCAAGACAUUCGCAGAUUACAAUAGUAUGUAUAUUUUCAAAUGGGACAACAGUAGAUUUCACAAUAACUUUCUGUUAGCUUUUAAAUGCCGUUGUAGCUAGGUUGAGGUUAAUGUGACCAAAUUUAAUUUUGCAAUUGAUAUUGAUGUAUGAACAGUAGUAGUGCCUAUUAAAUAAAUAAAUGUAGUCGAUGUGAUCUCCUAUUCAUCAAAGACUUUUCAUUUCCAGAGAAAUUGUAAAAUGUAAUAUCAUGAAGCGCCAGAAUGUCCCGAGGAUAAUGACACCACACCUCUUGAAUAAUAUUUUCUAUAUCAAAAUAUUACUUUGAAUCAUAUGUUGUUUUUCUCCAUUCUACGUAUGGUCCAAACACUUUUUUCAAACUUUUGCUGAUAUCAGGGCCAUCUUUACGCAUAGGCCCAAGAGGCCCAGGCCCUAGCCGAUACAGAAACACAUAUCAUAUAUUUUUUCGUGAAAUUUCAUAUAUUUGAUGAAGAUGCACGAAUUAAUUUGUUUCUUUUGAAGAAUUAUACAAUCUUGUAUAGUAAGAACCUUUUUUUUUAGAAAAUAGCUCUACCCUAUGUUACGCCUAGGGCCCCUCCAAUCUAAGUAAAUAUCAGGGCCUCUUUAUGUAUAGGCCCAGGGAUAGUGACCUAGGUUCUGGGUGUAAUCUUGUAUACUGAUAACCUUUUUUUAGAAAAGAGCCCCACUCUAUGUUAGGCCUCGUACCCUCUGGUCUUGAAAGACGGCCCUGACAGACAUUACUUCCUGAAUUGCUUGUUCCAAACAUCAUUGGUAUUCAUAAGCACAUAUUUGAAUUCGAUAUAACAGUAAAUAAUGUUGCCGUAUUAACUCUUAUGGUCAAUGUAUUACUCAGAUAUUUGGAAUGCUCUGUAAAAGAGUUUUAUUUCAUUAUUAUGGAAGUAACAGAAGUUCUACUACGUCCUUAAUAAAUCAGUUUUCAGGUCAUAUAUGAUUCCUAAAGUUUGCAGGAUCUGCCUUCAUUAAAUUAUCAAAAAAAAAAACGUGGGAAAACUACGGUCUUGAUAUUAGAUUUAGUUUUUCAUUUCCCAAGAAAGAUUUACGAUAAAAUAAAUGAGAAUCAACUUUAUGUGGGUACAGAAUUUCAGGCGUAUGUUUUGGACGAUAUUGGGUCUCCUAAUUGUUUUGUUUACUAACAGUUUCAGUUUAUUCUUUUUUAUUGUGGUGAUUGUACCUUGUGCUUUUUUAUGAUUAAAAAGAUUUUUAAACCUACGUUGUAGCUUACCGUAGUUUCGUUUUCCAAAAAAUAGUUCGGGUUUUGUAGACUGUAUCUUCGGAACUGUUUUAUUUAUUCUAUCUAUAUAUCUAUUAGUGUUUCAUUAUAAUAUAGUGUAAUGUGAGUAAUAUAUAGAUAAUUCAAGAAAAAUUUGAAAAUAUGUAAAAGAAUCCAUAUAGCAAUAAUUCUAAUGGAAGUUAUCAACUUUAGAUAGUUCGGAUACAUCAAUGUUGGGGAGAAUUUAUUUAAAUAUUUUAUUGAGACACUUUUUUUACUUUUUGCUACAUUUUUAGGUUCUUUUGUUAACUAUAUUCCUAACUCUCCUACCUCGUAUUUUACAGUCUAAAUACAGGGUGUUUCUAAAUUCAUGCGACAAAAUUUCUUGUAUGAAAUUGUGAUGGGUCUUUCUCAUAACAAAAUUUCCAGAGACAUCACCCUUGAAAGGGGGUGGAAUUAGCAAUCCUCACUGUAUCUCCUAUCAAAACAUUCAUUCAUCCAUGUGGCGAGUUUUAACAGAGCAGCAAUAUAACCUUACCACAUCCAACGGGUUCAAGCUCUUUUACAUUGAGAAUUUUCGCAACGAGUUAAAUUUUGUGAAUGCAACGAAAUGCGACAAAAUCCUCAAUUUUUAAUAAUGUAUUAUUUUUAAACGAGGUAUAUUUUUUACAAUAAUGUCUAAAAAUUACAGAGCACUAUUUUCAUAAUGUUUUUACAGUGAAAGAAUUUUCUCGAUAACGAUCUCACUGAAAUUUUUGGAAUACAUCGCACUCAAUAUCAGAUAAAACAUGCUCCAGUUCAGUCGGACUGCUGGGCAACGUAUCUCAAUCUUUGGAUUAGUCGAGAGAGCCUCCUCUUUGGUCUCCUCGAUCUCCAUAGUUAAAUUCUUGUGAUUUCUGUUGAUGGGUUUACCUUAAAUCAUUAGUCUUCACGACAACAUAUAUUGGCUAGAGGUGGCUAUAUCCAACAUUAAUUAUGAAUCGUAUUACAUUUUACAUCUCUAUUGUUUUCCGCUCAAUUUAUUAUAAAAAUUAUAAAUUACGAUGUUUAUAUCUUCUGUAGCUAUUGGUUUUGAGAAAAAAAUUUAAGAAUAAGAAAUAUUACAAAAUAAAACAUGAAUUGUAAUUGAUAAUUUUAUUUCAUAAAAUUCUGCUCAAAAAAAGUUUUGAUAUGUAAAGUAAGUAAAGUAAGGGUUGCUAAUUCCACCCUCUUUUAAAAGUGAUAUCUCCGAAAGAAGUGAGCUGAGGAAAUUUUGUUAUAAUAAAAAUCCUUCUCAAUUUCAUGAAAGCAAUUUUGUUGCACAAAUUUUGAAAUACUGUAUUUAGAUUGAAAAAUACGAGGAUUAUAUUAUAAUGUAACACUAGUAUAUAAUGACCAAUAAGUAAAAAUUUUGAAAACACAAACUACAAACCCUGAACUCAUUUUUUGAAAAAAAAACACCAGUAAGCUACAACGUAGGUUUCAAAAUCUUCUAAUCAUAAAAAAAGCACAAGGUUAAAUUACCACAAUAAAAAAGAAUAAACUGAAGCUGUAUAGUGAACAAAACAAUUAGGAGACCCAAUAUUGACCAAAAUUCUGUAUCCGUAUAAAGUUGAUCCUUAUUUAUUUUAUCGUUAAUCUUUCAUGGAAACUAAAAAACUGAAUCUAAUAUCAAGUCCAUAGUUUUCUCAUAUUUUUGUUUUGAUAAUUUGAUGAAGGCAAAUCCUGCAAACGUUAGGAAUCUUAUAUGAUCUGAAAACUGGUUUAUUAUGAACAUCGUAGAACUUCUAUUACUUCCAUAACAAUGUAAUAAAACUCUUUUGCAGAGCCUUCCACAUAUCUUAGUAAUACAUUGGAUAUAAGAGUCAAUAGGGGAACAUUAUUUACUAUUAUUUACUAACGAAUUCAAAUAAGUGCUUAUGAAUAACAAUGACGUUUGGACAAGCAAUUCAGGAAUUAAUUCAGCCAGGACCGUCUGUGAGACCAGGGGGCCCUAUGCCUAACAUAGAGUGGGGCUCUUUUCUAAAAAAAAGGCUCUUAAUAUACAAGAUUACACCCAGAACCUGGGUCACUAGCCUUUGCAUAAAGACGGCUCUGAUAUUAGCAUAUAUUUGAAAAAAGUGUUAAUCCGAAAUGAGUCCUAUGUUUACUUAGAUUGGAGAAAAACGACAUGUGUUGUGAUUCCAUAGUAAUAAUCAAAGAUAUAAAAUAUUAUUUGAGAAGUGAGAUGUAGAAAUAUGAACAUAUUUUUGUCAACCCUCAAAGUACAAUAAAAAAUGUUGGUUAUGUACAUAUAUUAUAUUUUCAACUUAUCACAUUACAUUUUACAAUUUUUGGAUGGGACGAAAAAGAGCAGUCGAAUGAACGAAAUAGCUCCAAUUUCUCUGGAAAUGGAAGUAUUCGAUGAAUUUUCAUUAAGACCUGGGACUCAUAUCGACUUUCUUUAUUCUUUCUUCAUAUUUCUUUCUUUAAUAGGUACUGCUACUGCUCAAACACAAUGUCAAAUCCAAAAUUAAAUUUGGUCACAUCAGCCUUAACUUAUCGGCAAUUACAUUAAAAAUCUAACAGAAAAUUGUUGUGAAAUCUACUGUUGUCUUAUUUGAAAAUAUACAUAAUAUUGCAAUCUGCGAAUGUCUUGCCCAUUUAAGCAAAAAGCUUGGGUUCCUCAAAGUAGUAGUGCUAAUACCAUGGGAAGUGGGACAUAAACUCCGCAAAAAGUAGCCUCCUUUUGAAGACAGAACAAAAAGAUGCAGAAUCAUGGUGCAGAGCCAAAAUGACUUCAACAAUCUUUAAUUCAAAAUUCAAGAAUAUAAAAUUUGAAAUCGCAGGUCCAUCUAAUAAACACAAUCAAAAUAUCUUUCUAUUGUAUUCUACAAUUGGAGAGAAUAUUCUCAUGUUUUCAUAAAGUAAUAAUGAAGGGUGGUGGGAAACAACCAAUAUGAGAAGAAAAUAUCAGCAUUUGGUAGAAUAGUCGACCAAAAUAUGUAGAAAAUAAUAAACUCAUCAAUUGGUAGUUCUUCUAGAUAUAUUCAAAUGUAUGCUACAUAUAUACGAGGAAUAGCACUGUAUAGCUGAAAAGAAGCUUGUUAAACUACUGAUUAACUGAAAAAUUAAUUACCAAGUUUCAAGUAUGUUUGGAAUGGAACAGUCUACAUAAUAUGUCUGUUGCAUAUUUACUACACUUAAACCAUCCUAUAAAAGUCUUCCUUUCUGGCAUUCUUCCUUUACAUAUGCAUAUAUAAUACAAAUUUCACCUCCCCACCUCCAUGCUUAAUUCCCCAGUGACCAAAAUAAAUUUACAAUUUGACCAAGAGAACAAUAUUCAAACUGUGGUUUAACAGUUUGGCUACUAGAGCCCAGUCUGAGAAGUAACCCCCAUCAGUAACGACUAGAGAGUUUAGCCAAAUUCUAUUCACUUGUAGUAACAUGAAUCACCAUAGAAUUGAACUAUAUCCUUAGUAAGGUGUCCACUAACCUAUAAGAUUUCUGUCAUAUUUUUACAUGAGUCAAUGUCGUGUAUUAAUAAUACAGAAGUCUAGAAAUGAAGUUUUUGGCCGAAAGUGUUGAACUGAAUAUUGGGGCUAUUGGUUUUUGUUGAACAAAUAAGAAUCUUGUGGAAAAGAUCAUUAUUGCCAUUAUGUUAAAUGCAAAAUAUUUCUGAAACAAUCUCAUGACUCAAUUUAAACUCAUUCAUUCAGUACAAAAAUUUGGAGAUGCAAAAAAUGAUAACAUAUAUAGGCAAUAGCUGUUUCCUGAAUUUCUUCUAUAAAUAUAUUUGCUCUAAGAAACUGUUUAUACUAUAGACAAUUUGUUAUUAACUUGUUAACAUUAUAAAUAUACACACAAAACUUGAGACUAUUAUAGCAAUUUUUACAGUGUGCUUUUAGUUUUAGUUAUAACCUCCACCUGUACACAUUUGCACAAUUUGUAGUAUGUUCUGUUCAGAAAUUAUUUUAUUUGGAAAGGCUUUUGAAAAGUCCUGGUCGAUGGAGUAUUGGAUUUAACAAUAAAUGAAUUUUCGAGAAAAAAAUUAUUAUUUAGUAGACCAAAAGUAUAGUAUAUUUUGUUCUACUGUAUUGUGAAAAAAAUCUACUCAAAUACGAAUAACACAUAUGUCAUCUAUCACAUUUUUUUCUGAAUUAAUUUUUGUUAUUAAUACUUAUGACACUAACUGUUAAGUUCCACUAAAUCAUAAAAAAUGAUUUUUUGUACAAAUGCCAUUAAAAAUGCCAUUUUCAAUGACAGUCUACAGUGUUGAAAGUGAUUGUUUAUGUGGAAACGUGUUAAGAUUAUUUUGAACGUGUUAAUAGUAUAUUGCACAACAAGUAUUGAAACUGGAAGAUUUUACACGAUUUUGCAGAAUUAAAACUUAAUUUUUCUAUCAAAGUUUAUGGUGAAGGUCCUACAUUUUUGAAAAUAAAUUUGUGCUUAUUGGCAAUUUUAUGUUCCUCAAUUGAUACAAAAUUUUGAAUUUUAUGCCUAUCAGACUGAUAGGUGGUGCUGCAAAUUCAAUUUCAUAAAAUGGCGGAGGUUAACUUAGGGGGAUACAUGAGAGGAUCGUAUAGCUUCUACAAAAUGUUCAGAGAUUUCUAUCUGUUUACUCUUCGAAUCGUUUACAUAACCUUCAGCACUUAUGCUGCAUUGCCACCAUCAUGGCGUUUCAAAGCCAGAUCACCAGUCUUGUUGGCAAUAAUUGUUGAUGAUGUUUUUCUGCACAAGUGCCCUGUGUAAGUUUCUGAGUUCAAAAAUUUAGCGAUGUCUCGAACCAAUCUACCAAAUUUUUUAAUGCUCAUUGCUUUGUGCACUUUUCUUUUUGCUAAUUGAUAAAGAAUCUUCUAUCAGUCGUAGAUUGAUAUAUUUCUUAUAAAUAAUAUAAAAACUAUUAGUAAUGACAAAUUGUUUAGGUUUCUUAGUUUUAGUGAAAGAGUUGCUGAUGAUGAGCUGAAAUGCUGAGUUCGAUGAUAUCACCAAGUUUAACAUUGUAAAGUUCAUCUUCCUGCAUAAAUCCACAAAUACCAAAUAUGAGGGCGGUCUAAAAAUAUAAAUUUUAGUAUUAAAGUUGCAAGUCAUGUCACAAACCUUUGUUAACAAAUAGAAGCUGCUUCAAGAAAUUUUCUAAUGUUCUAACAUCACAGUGGGUGCUAAGCACUGAAAACCUGGCCAAAAGUCCAAAUUGUCAAGUUUAAAUUGAGUCUGUAACAGGGUGCAAUAAAAUAUACCUCUACAUACGCUUUUUUUAUUUUUGGUCACUUGAAUAUACGCACCAGUACGCAUCAGAUUUUUCUGUGUCUUGGAUAUAAGUCAAAGAAAAACAAUGAAUAGUAAAUUUUUGCAGAGAUACAAAGUUAAUCACGCCUAGUUCUUCAAUACUUCGAGAAAUGAACUUAAGGCUCCUGUCAUUUUAAUAAGAAAAAUCUUUGAAUUAACUGGAAUACCCAACUCUGGGCACGAAAAAACUGAAGAGACACCUGGAAAUAAGCGAAACAAAUCUGGCGGAUACUAAAUUUGUGAGCGUAACAAAGAUCGAAAAUCGUUUUCCAACUGUGUUAAUCGUAAAACUUUAUUUGCUUAGAGGAUUCAAUAAUUUCUUGUGAUAGAUGUUUUUCAUAUCAUGAAUGAAAAUAAGAUUUUUCAAAUAUCUGCUCAGCAUAUUUACUUAUUUGUUUCUACUUUCUACAUCCUAAAGCUAUGGUUUUUGCUUCUUAUCUUAUCAAACACUACUUUCACCGUACCCAUAUAGUAAAAAAUGUCACUGUAUUGAUGCCGGGUUAAAUAAAAGAGCAUAGUAUAUAGAAUCUGCUGGAAAAAAAAUUACCUGCCCAUAUUUUCCCCUCUUUAAAAUAUCAUAGUUUUUAUGUAAUGGAUAUUUUAUUCCACUUUACAGCUUUUCCUAUGAAACAAAAGAAUUUGUUUUCCAUUUGACAAGAACAAGGGAAAAAUAUUACGGAAAAAUUUCAUUAUGUACAGAAUAUUGUCCGCAAUCAUUUCAUAUAUGAAGGACAUGUUGAAGAAAGUUUAAAAUCUGGGAAACGUAGCAUUUUUCAGCUGUAUUUCGCAUUUUCGAAAAGGUGCCAAAUCACUAAUAGAAUGGACAACACUUCUGGCGUAAAAUGCUGCUUGGCUUAAUGAAGUCAGUAGGGAGAGAACUUAAAGAAAAAAUCAGCUAAACUGUACAUGGAACAUUAUUUGUUGUAUUAUAUGUCAAUUACAAUGCACAAUUUAUCAAUUAAUGGACCACGUGUGAUUUCUUUUGUAAUUCUUAUUCUUAUUCUCCGACAUUAUAUAUGAAAAAAGAAAACAAUAUAAACAAGAAAUUAUCGUAGAGUACUUAAUUUUAUAUGAAGAAUCCCCGGAACGUGGACGACCUUCUCAAGGCGAUACUUCACUGCAAAAACAAAACCUUUGAAUGAAUUUAGAUUUGACGGCUAUGUACAUCUUCCAGAAAAGAAGGGGGCAGCACGUUGUUAACUGUAAUACUGUACACAAAUCUCAUACUUUUUGUAUUAAGUUUAUAUAUGUUUCAUUAAGAACCGGAAUUGUUUCUUGAAAUAUCAUAAUAAAUGCUAUUACUCUCUCUAUUUUAUCAAAUUUAUUUAUUUAUUAUUAUCAAAUUUCAUAUUCAAAUCUUACCUCCUUAAAUCGGUUUUGUCAAUUCCAAUGGAUAUAUUUUUAAAAUGUGAAAUAUACAUGUAUGUAUAUCGGUACCAAAAAUCUUAAAAAAAUAUGAUAAAGCAAUUUUGAGGAAAAGACAAAUUUCAAUAUCACUUCUGCGCAGUUGACCUCGAAAGGGUUAAAUAGACAAACAGGAAACUGGUAUGUUUGAGAAACGAUUUUCGAAAUGAAAAUUGAGUUAAUGCCUUUCGUCUUCAUCAUGAUAAUGGUUCUCUUUAGAUUCGCCAGUUAUUAGCCGGUUUUAAACUAUUUCUGACAUUUAGCAGGAUACGACAGAACAAAGCUUCCAAUUAUAAAUUCGGCGUUGGAAUAAAGACAAGACGCUAGACAAGAACAGCGGUUUCAAAAAUAUUAAUUCAAAAUUUAUGUUAUAUUCUUACUUUUUUUAAUAAAAUAGUUCACUGUAUUGUUUAUUAAACCUAGUCUAUCAUGGUUAAUAAUAAUCUGAAUCAAGUUUUAUUGUAAAUCCUUGGAAAGAUGAUAUAUUUAUUAAACUUUUACAUUUAUAUUACUUGGUACUUAUGAAUCAAUGCAUGCAAUUUCUCUUUCUAUUUGUAAAAUCUACAUACAGCACCAAAUUUUUACGAUCUUGCACAAAGCUUACCUUGGAAAUCAUAAUCAAUAGUGUUAAAACGAUUUAUUGAAAUUCAGCUGAAUACAUUUUUUGAUAUUUGGAUAAAGAA